GAGAGAGAGUACCAAGCGUUCGUUCCAACAAAAAUUGACCUGAAAUUACUUAUUUUCCUCAGUUUAGUCCUCUCCUCAAUUUCCCAUUAUAGCAAACCUUCAGUUCGGUCAACCACAGAACUACUCCCUUUCUUCCCAUUUAAAAACCCUACUCCAUAAACUAACAAAAAGACUGAAACCCUAGUUCUUGUAUACGUACAUAUUUUCUCAGCAACUCCAGCCAUGGCGGAUUCAGACACUGAAUCGGGAGGAGCUCAAAACAGCGGUUCAAACGCAGGAGGGAACAACAACUGCAGCGACCACCUUUCUUUCCCUAAAGAACAAGACAGGUUCCUGCCCAUCGCCAACGUUGGCAGGAUCAUGAAAAAGGCUUUGCCCGCCAACGCCAAGAUAUCCAAAGAAGCUAAAGAAACGGUACAAGAAUGCGUUUCGGAGUUCAUCAGCUUCAUCACCGGAGAAGGAUCCGAUAAGUGUCAGAAGGAGAAGAGGAAGACCAUCAACGGCGACGACCUCUUGUGGGCCAUGACCACGUUAGGGUUCGAAGAUUACGUGGAGCCCUUGAAGGUUUACUUGCAGCGGUUCCGGGAGAUGGAAGGCGAGAAGAUAUCGGUCGCACGUGAUAAAGACGCGCCUCUCGGUGCUGGCGGAGGUGGCGGAGUUUAUGGUGCGAUGAUGGCACAUCAGCAUCAAGGACACGUGUAUGGUUCUACUGCGUUCCAUCAAAUGGGUAAUGGGGUGGGUAAAGGUGGGCCUCCGAAUUAUAUGGGUGGGCCGAAGUAGUUCCUCGUCUGUCACCAUCGUGGCUCGACACGUGUUUGAUCGUUUGGAAUUCGAUAAUAAUUCCGGUUUGGGUCGGCCCGGUUAGGUCAUCAUUGGGUACACGUGCAUGCUUUUGGUGACUUUGGGCAACCUGCGCUGAAGGUAAACCUGGGAGAAUUAUAGCCUAUAGGCGAAGGGAAGUUGAAUGUGAUAGGGCCUACGUAGAUAUAAUCAAAGACACGUGUGCGGUAGGAAGAAGGUAGGAUCAAUUUCAGGCCCUUGAUCUGUAUCUUAAACGUAGGUAUCUUGUAGUUUAUGACUAUGGUUUUGGGUAAAAGUAAAAAACAUUAGGAUUAUGGCUUUGUAAUAAUUGUG